UUACCUGGCAUCCCUGAUCGCUGCUUUUGACUCAAUUUUGGUUAACCAUGAAAGAGCGUGUACGUUUUUCGUUAAAUUUCGAAUUAUUUGAUGUCUAUUUUGUUUUUAAUUUCCCAAUUUCGUGUGUUUUGACGAGACUUCAGUUCCAUUAUAGCUACAUUCUUUUAUGAUGCACUAUUCUAUUUGAUGGAAGUCAUCUAGCCGGCAUAUUUUACCGAGUAUUAAAAAUUCAUAGUUUACAUUCUAAUUUAAAUGUGCAACAAGUUAUUUUUGAGUUUACUGUUUAAGAUAAUUUAGAUUGAAUAAUGAACCUUACGUGUGCAAUAUGUUCGGAUUUGUUUAUGCCCUCGGACGAUGUACACAUGACCCCCUGCGGACAUUCAUUUCAUUUCGCUUGUCUUCUGCAAUGGCUUCAAAGAUCAAAAACCUGUCCUCAAUGCCGGAACAAAUGUCAUGAAAAAAGUUUGAUUAAAGUCUACUUCAACAUAGCUGCUAAUACGGAUGCCCCGGAGGAUGCAGCAACUCUCCUCCAUAAACUUGACAAUCUAACAUUAUCUGUUCGGGAGAAGGAAAAGAAACUAAAAGAAUUCGAGGACAAGGAUGCUUCCCACAAAUUAGAACGGAAGAAAAUGAAAAAAACCUUAUCUGCUUUAGAAGAUAUGGUUAAAUCGAAAGAUUUCACCAUCUACGCUUACAAGCAGGAAACCGAAAUGCUUCGCGGUGAUCGAGCUCAAAUGCAAAAACUACAAGCCGAACUAAAAGAGCUUAAAGCUAAAAUGAGCCUGAUGUCAACAAUUGAGCAUGUUGUUUCUUCUACGGCCAAAGAGGUUGAGGAAAUGUUGGCUCACGAUGACAACCCUCGGACAUUGGCUGUGCUAGUGGCGACCCUUAAGAGGGAACUAAAAGCUAGCGAUGCUAAAAAACAUGAAAUGCGUGAACGUAUGAAAUCAAUUCAGAACGAUCUACACGACGAGCGUUCAAAGCGGAAGCAGCUGGAAGACAAACUAUCUACUGCGGAUAGUGAAAUUUAUCGGCUAGAACAAGAGGUGAAACGUUUAGAGAAAAAUGCGCUGGACGCUUCUACCGAUAGUGAAUCGAUUGUGCUCAAUACUCCUGAUCAACAUGUGAAGAGAAAACGCCUUGAAAAGAAUCUAGAUAACAGUACACCAAUGUCGGACAAAGUUCAAAAUAUUCUGCAAUCGGAUUCACCAUAUUUUAGUAUUAAAUCCAGUAGUAUAGGCCUCACCCCACUUUUUCGAGCAGGCCUUGGUGCCACUUCUGUUGUGGGAACCAAAUGUCCGGAAGCUGGCCAGUUGACGAAAGCCCAAAGUGAUCUGAGUGAAAAGUUUUCUAUUUUUCGCAAACCUCGCUUGACAGGUACAACACAUCCUAUUAACAAAAAUAUAGUGUACAAUGGCCUUGGUGGAUCAGAGAGAAAAGAGAAUUUUCCAAGUUUUCCGGAGCCAAAAAUAGUCAAAAAAGAGAGUGCGAGUGCAUCUAAAACUACCUCAAAAUCAAGUAGCAGCAUAACAUCUCGUUUGAAAGCUGGAACAUUGCGAAAACAUCCAUCCACGAGCGUCACAACUUCGGACCACGACAAGUUUGAAUUUUUAGAUAUCCCGUUAGAAGAUUAAACUCAACAAGUGUUUGUAACGCUUGUAAUCGAUUUGUUAAAUAAAGUUGUUUAUGAUUUGGAA